GUCGUAUUCGACCGCUAGAAGGAAAUAAGGUGCAACAAAACGCUUUGUCUGGGAAUCCAUCGGCUAAACCUGUGGCAAUGAUUCCAAGUCAUCCCAUUCGAGGAAUCAUAAAUUACAAGGGAAAGAACGUGGCUGUACCGGAGAUUCGAGGAUGGGAAAAAAAUUAG